CGGAUUCUCAUCAUUUGCAGCAAACUCAGCACCCUGACAGCCUGCAUCCACGGGUCCGCCGCCAUGCUCUACCCCAUGUACUGGCAGCACGUGUACAUCCCCGUCCUGCCGCCACAUCUACUGGACUACUGCUGUGCUCCCAUGCCCUACCUCAUAGGAAUCCAUUUAAGUUUAAUGGAGAAAGUCAGAAACAUGGCUCUGGAUGAUGUUGUGAUCCUGAACGUGGACACCAACACCCUGGAAACUCCCUUUGAUGACCUCCAGAGUCUCCCAAAUGAUGUGGAGGAGCCAAUCACCUUCUCUGAGGAAGCCUUCGUGUCCCACUACCGCUCAGGAGCCAUGAGGCAGUUCCUGCAGAAUGCCACGCAGCUGCAGCUCUUCAAACAGUUUAUUGAUGGUCGUUUAGACCUUCUCAAUUCUGGAGAAGGUUUCAGUGAUGUUUUCGAAGAGGAGAUCAACAUGGGCGAGUAUGCUGGGAGUGAUAAACUGUACCACCAGUGGCUCUCCACAGUCCGGAAAGGAAGCGGAGCUAUUCUGAAUACGGUAAAAACGAAAGCAAACCCAGCUAUGAAGACAGUCUAUAAGUUUGCAAAAGAUCAUGCAAAAAUGGGAAUAAAAGAAGUGAAAAACCGCUUGAAGCAAAAGGACAUCACCGAGAAUGGCUGUACCAUCACCACAGAAGAGCAGCUACCGAAGACUGCGCCAUCUCCAUUGGUAGAGGCCAAGGACCCCAAGCUCCGAGAAGACCGGAGGCCAAUCACAGUCCACUUUGGACAGGUCCGCCCACCCCGUCCGUAUGUUGUUAAGAGACCAAAGAGCAACAUCGCAGUGGAAGGCCGGAGGACAUCUGUCCCGAGCCCUGAGCACCUGGUAAAGCCUUUGCGACACUAUGCAGUCUUUCUCUCCGAAGACUCCUCUGAUGAUGAAUGCCAGCGGGAAGAGGGCCCGAGCUCUGGCUUCACCGAAAGCUUUUUCUUCUCCGCUCCCUUUGAAUGGCCACAGCCAUACCGGACGCUCAAGGAGUCAGACAGUGCAGGUGAUGAGGCAGAGAGUCCAGAGCAGCGGAUGCGGGAGCCCACGGGCCCUGCCCCAGCUCUGCCUGACCGGGCUGCCAGCAUCGACCUCCUAGAAGACAUCUUCAACAGUCUAGACAUGGAGGCCCCGCUGCAGCCUCUGGGCCAGGCCAAGAGCUUGGAGGACCUUCGGAUGCCUCAAGACCUGCAGGAGCAGCCAGGGACCUUUGAUUACCAGAGGCUGGACCUGGGCGGGAGUGAGAGAAGUCGAGGCAUGCCAGUGACCUUGAAGCUUGCCCACCCGUACAACAAGCUCUGGAGCCUGGGCCAGGAUGACAUGGCCAUCCCGAGCAAGCCCCCUGCUACCUCCCCCGAGAAGCCCUCACCCUGGCUCGGGAACUCCCCUGCACUGUGCAGCAGGCCUCAGAACCAGGAAAGCGUCUUCAACGCUAGCAACAAGGAGGAGUUGCUCACCCCUGCUCCGGGCAGUAUCACCAUCCCCCGGCCCCAGGGCAGGAAGACCCCAGAGCUGGGCAUCGUGCCGCCGCCACCGGCCGGCCGCCCAGCCAAGCUGCAGGCUGCUGGCACUGCUCUUGGCGACUUCUCAGAGCGGCUGCAGACUGAGCGGGAAAGACGAGCUACCCAGAGCCCUGCCCCAUUCUCAGGGCAUCUCCCCAGCACUGCCCCCCAAGGCACCCCUGAACUGCUCCAGCCGCUCAGCCUGACCCAGGGGUCCACUGGCACAAGCAGCGAUGCCCUGCUAGCCCUCCUGGAUCCACUUCACACUGCCUGGCCAGGCAGCACCCUCGCACCAGGCCCUCCCACCCCAAACGUAGCCACCCCUUUCACCCCACAGUUCAGUUUCCCUACCACAGGGACCCCUAGCCCAUUCCCACAGCCGUCACUCAACCCCUUUGUCCCAUCUGUGCCAGCCCCACUGCCCACCAUGCCCCUGGUCUCCACACCCACUGGGCCUUUUGGGGCCCCUGCUGCCUCCCUGGGGCCACCUUUUGCCCCCAACCUCCUGCUGGCAAAUUCUGGCUUCUGUGUGCCACAUAGAUCUCAGCCCAGCCUAUCUGCCCUCUCCAUGCCCAAUCUCUUUGGCCAAAUGCCCAUGGGCACCCACACCAGCCCCCUACAGCCGCUGGGCCCCCCAGCAGUUGCCCCUUCAAGGAUCCGAACAUUACCCCUGGCCCGCUCAAGUGCCAGGGCCGCUGAGGCCAAGCAGGGGCUGGUCCUGAGGCCUGGAGACCCCCCACUCCUUCCUCCUCAGCCCCCCCAGAGCCUGGAGCCACCGCUGCAGCCCUCUGCUCCUCAGGAGGCCAGAGACCCCUUUGAGGAUUUGUUACAGAAAACCAAGCAAGACGUGAGCCCAGCCCCUGCCCCGGGCUCGGUGGAGCAGCUCCGGAAGCAGUGGGAGACAUUUGAGUGAGCC